CCCUCAAAAUUUUUCUGUUAAAGAUAGUUACUUCAGAUUAAGGAGUAAUUUUAUUGGAUAAAAGCUGUAUAAUCACAUUCGUACAAAUCGAAUACUUCAUAUGAAUUGCUCUACUAAUAUACUCUCUAAAUACAGAUGAUUUCAUUGAUGAUGCGAAAUAAAAUGAUGCCAAAUAAACUAUUUAAUGAGAUAUGCAAAAGGAUGAAUUUAAGAAUAAUAAUUAACGUGUAUUAACAAAGUUUCGAUAUUUUAACUUUUCAACUCGAUAUUAUCCGGAUCUUUUACCGCAAUAGUACUCCAAUCGUUUUAAUGACAAAUAUAUUCUUUGAGAUAAAAGUAAUAAGAUCAAUAAGAAGCAUUUAAUAAAAAUGAUUUUGUUAUUUAAAAAGACAUUGGAAUGACUAAAAUUAAACAGAUACAAGAUCAAUGAUUGAUCUUCUUCAAAAAUUGUAUAAAUAUAAUAUAAAAGAUUAAUUAUCGAAAAAAGUUCGCAAUGGAUGAAAGGAGAGUAGCAGAUUAUUUUGUUGUUGCUGGUUUACCUGGUCAUAAUGAUGACCUUAUAGGAGAAAAUGAAGUUAAUGAAGAAUUAGAAGAUUGGUGUCAAGAGGGAACACAUUUGAAAGAUAUACAUAUGCAACCACCUAUCACAGAUCUUGCUGUAAUUUUUCCAGCUUUGGGUGAACAUUGUCCUGAAGGCUAUACAUUGUUAGAAUAUACCGUAUCAGGCUUUCCAGCAGAUUUAAAUCAUGGCAGUUUACGAACAAAUGAAUGUUAUUUAUGCUAUAAGAGAGGUCGGGACAAACCACCAUUAGUUGAUAUUGGUGUAAUAUAUGAAGGGAAAGAGCGUAUAAUGCAGGAUGCACAAAUGGUACUAGAAACUCCCAAAGGACAUAUAGCGAAUGUAAACAAUUCUACUUCAAAAAUUUUUGUAACAUAUAGACGGGCCAGUCAAAAGAUGCCUUGCAAUUCUCUUGUUGUUACCGAUAUAUGUGUUAUUUUGACAAACAAAGGGGAAAAUCCUCCACAUGCAUUUUGUGUCAUUAAUAAGAAUUUAAAUAAGGGAAUGUUGGGCAGUGAUGUAUUUUUAUGCUACAAGAAAUCCAUGAAUCGUGCUAACCUCAUAUCGUUCAAGCCAACAAUACUUUAUAAAUAUCCUACAACUGAUUAUAACAGUUUCGUUUUUCCAAAUUCUGUUGCCAUGUUUUGUUUACCUAUGGGUGCAACUAUAGAAUGUUGGCCAAAAAUGGCUUGCAAACCUAAGUCAUUAUUUUCAACAUUUGUCUUAACAGUCGCAGAUGCUGCACAAAAGAUAUAUGGCUCAGCAAUAACAUUUUAUGAAGAGUUUACAUUGCCACCAGAUGCUCUAAGCUGUAAAGGAAAUUUGGAUAUGAAAGACAUUGAAGAAAAUACAAAAAAUAAUGCUGAUAGUAUUGAAUUAACGGAGGAGUUUCAUCAACCAAAAGCAAAAAUGUUCAGAAAAUAUGGAAUACUUAAGAAGCUUAAUAUAUCCCAAUGGGCAAAAUUACAAUUUACAGAUCCUAGCAGUCAGUCAUUAAAUAUCAGCAAGUCAAUAUGUAUAUUAUCACAUUGGCCAUUUUUUGAUACAUUUGAAAAAUUUCUAGUCUUUCUGCAUAGUAUGGUCAAUGGAAAACCUCAAAAUGUUUCAAUAGAAAAGUAUAUUUCUUAUUUUUUGUGUGAUAUACCUUUCCCAAGUCCCCAAAGAUCAAGAAUUCUUGUGCAACUUAGUAGUAAAGAUAUGCUAAUCUUGACUCAGCCAGAAGAUUUAGUUUGGCCUAGAUCUGGUGCCAGUUUUAGGCAAUUAUUAAUCAAUUUGGGUCCUGAUAAUUGCUUAUUGAUAUUGCUCCUAAUCUUAACAGAGCAAAAGAUAUUGGUUCAUUCAUUACGGCCUGAUGUGCUAACUUCAGUGAGUGAAGCUAUUGCAAUGAUUUUAUUUCCAUUUAAAUGGCAAUGCCCGUACAUACCACUAUGUCCAUUAGGGUUAGCCGAGGUCUUGCAUGCACCAUUACCAUUCUUAAUUGGUGUUGACUCCAGGUUUUUUGAUCUAUACGAUCCACCUUCUGAUGUUAAUUGUGUAAAUCUUGAUACAAAUAAUAUAGCAAUCUGUGAUGACAAAAAAUAUUUGAAUGUAAAAUUACUUCCUAAAAAGGCAGCUAGACAACUUAGAAAUUGUUUAGAACAUCUUUAUUCAAAAUUAAUCUCUCUUGGAAAGAUAUAUUCUUCUCAAAAAGAUCAAGAACAUGAUGAUUUCAGUGUAGAUAAAGAAUUUCAACAAAAACAAAAAGAACAAGCCUUGGAACUUGAAAUACAAGAUGCUUUUUUAAAAUUCACUGCUACUAUUUUAAAAGGCUAUCGAUCUUUCCUGUUACCAAUUACAAAGGCUCCUACUGUAGGAUCAACAGAUCCAACAAGUUUAUUUAAUAUACAAGAAUUUUUAAGAAGUCGUGAUAAGGCACAUGCAAAAUUUUAUAGUAUGCUUGUUAGAACUCAAAUGUUCAUAAGAUUCAUAGAAGAAAGAAGUUUUGUAUCUGAUAUGGAUAUGGCUGGCCUAGCUUUUUUUGAUGAGUGUACUGAACGUGUGGAGGAAGAGAAUGUCACACUUUUGGAAUUGGAUGAAUCUCAACAUAGUGAACGUACUGUAUUCAUACCUCCUCCUGAAGCAGGACCAAAUCAAGGACCUUUUAUAUAUAAAACGUUUAAAUUAAAUCCUGAAUUAAUGAGGCCUGAAAAAAAUUUUAAUUUAAGGAAUCCAGCUUUAAAUGCUUUUGGAAUUGUACCUGGAAGUCCUAUGGCACGUAGGACUAAGCAUGAAAUAAAAGUAGCUCAGAAAAUGGCGCGCAAACAGGCAGCAAUGCCUGAUAGAUGGGCUAGAUGUUUACUUGGAACAUGUUACAGUCUCUGGUUUUUACAUUUACCAGCGAUGUUACAGGUUUCCGGUCAACCAGCCGCAAUUUUGCAUCAAGCAUAUGAAUUAUUAGUUCGAAUGCAAAAAUUACACCUUGAUCCUAUGGAAGAAGUUUGUUAUAGAGCUAUGAUGCAACUUUGUGGAUUAUAUGGACAACCAUUAUUAGCUGUUAAGUUAUUAUUUCAUAUGAAACGUAGUGGUGUUCAGCCAAAUGCGCUAACAUACGGAUUUUACAACAAAGCUGUCCUUGAAGCAACAUGGCCUUCUGAUAUGACAAAUUCAAGUCAAUUAAUGUGGAAUAAACUACGAAAUGUUAUCGUCGGUGCAGCUUUGUUUAAAAAGGCUGGCAGAAAAGGUGCCAGAAGAAGACUUAAUUCCAAUGUUGAUUUUUUAAAUACUGAUGGAAUAACUGAGGAAAUGGAACAUGCUCUUUCCAGAUCUAGUCUUGAUAGUAGUCACUCUCAAGAUACAGAAGCUGCUCAUAGUGACUCAACAAAAGGUAGUUCUGUGCCUGAUUUACCAGGAUAUGGAUCGUAUGAAUUGAAAGCAAAACUUCUUAGACAAAACAGUAUAGUAAAAGAUCAAGCGUUGCUGAAUAUGGUGCAAUCAGAGAAAUUAAAUCGCUCUUUUAGUAAUCCAAGAAUAGUACGCAGUACCGAAUCGCCCUUGAAGAGUCCAGUACGAACACCAGUUACUGAAAAUGAUCCAUUGGGAGCUCUAAUUAAUGAUGAAACGCCAGUUGUGUCACCUUCUGAGGAAAAUGACUCCAAUUGCUCAACUAGUACUUUAACAGUUUUAAACAAUACUGUUGAAGAAAGACCAGGUGGACCACUUUUAUUUAGAAGUAAUUUACCACGGAGUGCAACAUUUCAUCAAGCAAUAGAUGAAAGUAGUACAACAGUAAGUGGUAAUUUACAAAGGAGCGAAACGAUGCCUCAUUCAGUAGCACCACCAGGUGAGGAGAGAGAAAAAGAGAGACUGGAAAUAAGCAGUCUUUGGUCUCAAAAGGACAGCGUGACAUCUAGUUUAUCUAGCUUAGGAUCCAGUUUAAAACUUAGUUUUGGUCCAUCAGGAUUGGCUGGAAAAAAAUCCAAUGAAAUAAUAUUGGGUGGCUUAAACAGUUUGAAAUCAGCUGCAACAAGCGUUGCCAAAAAAUUUGAUGAAAUAAAAGAAGCUAUAUCUGCAACAAGUACUCCCGUUAAACUCAAGGAACGCGAUCAAAAAUUAGGAUGUGGAGUGUCACACGAAUCAUUGGAUUCUUGUAUCGAUGGAUCCUUGCAAGAUCGAAAUGAAGUAUCUGCCAGAUUGUCUGGUGAUGGAACUUUGGACGUAUAUUUGUUAUAUGAACUUGGAGAAAGUUUAUAUCCCAAAGGUUCUAGAGAGUUAGAAGAACGUGCUGCUAUUGAAUUUGUACUUUCAAGUGCUAGUAGAUGCCAUAAUUGUGCGGCAAUACUUUAUGAUGAAGAGAUAAUGGCAGGGUGGCAACCAGAAGAUUCUAAUUUAAACACAAUUUGUCAGUAUUGUGACAAAGCCACAGUUCCACUUCUUACGGUUACUAUAUUAGAUUACAGAUGUAAAACAAAUGAAAAAAGCAGCGAUCCUUUAAUGGGAGCUUUAGUUGAACUUUCGGAUAAACCGAGGGAGCAACUGGAACCAAUUACAAUACCGUAUCUAAAUCCAUUGGUUUUGAGAAAAGAAUUAGAAAGUGUAUUGAGCCAGGAAGGUGAUACAUGUUUAACUAGACAUAUAUUCAUUGAAGAACAUCCAAUAGUAUAUUGGAAUCUAAUAUGGUAUUUUGAAAGAAUUAAUUUAACAAGUCAUCUCUCUGAUCUUUGGUUGCAUAAUGAUGCAAAUAAACAAUUACAAAGCAACUCUAAUUCUGUGAGUAUAAGAACAAUGUGGGAUAAUGAGAGAAUUCAUAUGGGUCGAUUGCCAAUGUAUCUGCAGUGGAAACUAAAUACUACAGAAGAUCGAACAUUAAUGCAAACGAUAAUAUCAUACGUACGUUGCAAUGACUUGACAGAACCUAUAAAAAUAGUGGCCUUAGAAAGAAGUAAAAAUCAAUCUGAAGAGGAAGCUCCAUUUUCUAUUUAUAGAGAUAUUUUGUUUUUGGCAUUUAUUGCAGUCGGUGGAGGAAAUAUUCAUCAAGGAGUUUUUGAUAAACAAUACGGUUCCGCUUUAGAACGAUUAACAGAAAACGAAGAACACCUACUUCAUAAACAAGAUGCCCCUCCGUCCCUAAUGUCGCUAUGUUGUAGACAUUAUUUUAAACAAUUAAUCGUUUGAAAAAAUAAUCGAUUGCAAUGGGUAUUAUGUUCAUCAAGAUACUCGUGAAAAAUAUUGGGAGAAAGUGUAUUCGGAUUAGACUUUAGAUCAAACAUAUAAGAUUGAAUGCACAAUGCACGCGAAAAUUGUUAAUAUCGUGCUAGCCGACAAUUGUGACAAAAAUCAUGAUAAUGUAUCAAACGUUGUUACGCCAAUUUAACGAAAGUGAUUGUUUAUUUUAUUACAACGAUUUCUUAUUAUUUCCCCGUUAUUGCAUGGGGGUAAAAAGUAAACGUGAUCAGAUUAGCGCAACAUACGCAUUCAAUUACGCAUAGAAUUUCUUAAAAAUGAUAUACGUCCAAUGUCUCAUACCAUUUUCGUUUUCACACGAAGUUAUUUCUAUCGCCUUGAAUUAAAAUCGAGAUAUACAUAUGGAUCGUUAAAUCUAAGAGUAUAAUACGGGAAAAUGUUAAAUGCCAAAGAAUUUAUAAAUUUCGUAAUAACACAUACAUAACAGCUGAUUUUUCCAGAUAUUUUAACGGACAUUCUUUUUUUAGUCCAUUUUUUACAUAAAUAUACAAUUGUGUUUCAUUAUUCAAAGUGCGAUUUUACAGAGAAGUCUACAAAGUUACUAGUCAUUGUUUUCUUUUACAUCGAAAAGAAAAAGAUUGAUGAUUGUGAAAUUUAAUAAUAUUCAACCAAUAGGACUUGAUAAUAUAUUUUCCUGUACUCUUAGAUAGAACAAACAUAUAUAUGUACGACUAAAAAUGCAAUGUAAGUAUUGUUUUUAUGUAUCGUACACCUUCUUGAAGGCAUAGCAUUAACUAGCAAUGUGUGAAUUUCUAGUGUAUGAUCUAAAUAUGUAGUUUGCAAUUAUAUAUGAAUUUUGAACGAUGGUGUUAUUUAACCUGAGGGGAUAUUGAAUCUAUAAGCUCUGUUUAAAAUUCUGAAAGAUCAAACGGAGCGACUAAUAAACGAGCUAGAAUUUUAGACUACUUUGUGUAAAAUAGCAGGAGGAAGGGUUGUCACGUGGUGAAUGAAUGAAGGUUAUCCUUAUGACAUGUAUGUUUAUCAAAGCACGUAUGCAUCGAUGCGUUUUGUGUUUUUUUGUGGUAAAAAAAAAAAAAAAAAAAAAAAAAAAAAAAAAGUAAAAAAAAAGAAAAGAAAACUCGCAACAAUGAAUAUUAUAAAUAUCUUAUAGAAUUCCUUCUCCUGCCUAUUUUUUUUGUGCUUUCAAUUUUUUAUGUCAUGUACAUUUACCUUGAAUACGGAACGAACAAACAAAACAUAAAAAAAUAAAUAAAUGUAUUAUUGCACGCGCGCUCUAACGUAUAAACAUACAUACUUCUAUAAACACAUAAAUAAAUGACAUAUAGUAGAUCCAUAAAAGUCGAUCUCUGACAUAUUUUACAAAAAAUAAUAUCGUCCGUUUAGUAACUGAGGCAUAGAAAUCGCGUGUCUUAAUUGUAAAUACAAUUGAUGAUUGAUACAAAUUAAAUUUAUUCGACAGUAAUAUUUAGUAUUUUUUAUUAAUUGCGCUAUAUCGCGCGCAGAAUAUAAAGUUAUUGCGCAGUCCGAUUUUAUAAUAAAAUGGAAUGCUUGCCAAUUGCAUGUGCAUAUAAGUACUUGUAUAUAAAAGCGCAUGUAUACCGAUUGAUCUUGCGACAUGAAAUCAUUCAUUAUGUAAAAUUUGCAUGUGUUGUACAAAAUAAGAACAUGCACAUAAGAAUGUGCACGUGUACAGACUUGUAUAUGCACCAUAGAUAUGUGUAUUCAUGAUGGAUUUCUUUGGCAAUAUUGUGCAAUACAGGACUGGUUUGUUUUGAAUUAAACUAUUAAAAUUAUUUAACAGAAUACUGUGUAUAUACGAACAAAUAAUAAAAAUUAGAUCGUAAUUUUUCCGUGGAAAAUUAAUCACGAAAAAAGCAUAGUGUAUUCAGAGACGUGAAAGUAUAUAGUUAUUAACAAUUUUCUCUCUUUUUUUAAUUUUUAUUGUAAACUGAUACCGAUAUCAUUUUAAUUUCUCAUAUUAUUUCUACAAAUAAUUCUUAAUAAAAUUCUUCUUCUAUAAAAACGGUCCAUCCUGUAUCUAUACGAAUUAUUAUCAGCUACAUGUUGAUAAAGCCAUAUACAAAAAAAAGUAUGUAACUAUUUUCGAUAAUAUACCGCCUUUAAACUUAA